GUUGAGUUCGAUCUCACCGUUACUGGAACCUCUAUCUCACGUCGCCCGCUUUGAUGACAUUGCGAGCAUAAGGUGCUCAAUAGACUGGAGUACACGAUACGAACGUAUUCAAAUCACUCUCUUAUCGAGUCCCGUCUAAUUCGAGUGCGAGGGAACCAUGUGGUACCCUCCGGGCUUCCCGAUUUCUCUCUUGGGUCUUGCUGCACAGGUUCCCCUGGAAGCACCCUCUAAGAUCUCCCAGACCACCAUGGCCGCCGUCCCCGACUUUGCAUUCAAGGGUAACGCGAGCACUUUUACCCCUGAAGACUUAGUGGCGUUGGCGAGACCUGGCACCGGACUUGCCAAUCCGUCCGGGGACUUGGUCUUGGUACCAGUCAGCAAAUACUCACUGGAAGAGAAGAAGGAUCACAAGUCAAUCUUCAUCGCUUCGGUCGAGUCGAGCAUGCAGCCGUAUGAAAUCCCUCUAACGAAUGGUGGCGAAGCCUUCUGGCUCGAUGCGCGCACUGUCGCGCAUGCUGUCGAAGAAGGCGAAGAUAAGGAUAAAGUGACGACCCUCUACGCGCUCUCUGUGAAAUACGAGAUAGAGUCCCGUGGUGUCCUGAGUGUGUCUGGCCCUCCUGUUUUCAUUGGUAAAUUCCCUACAUCAACACCGUCGAACUUCAAGUACACCAGUAGUGCUGGUAUUCUAGUUUUCUCCGAUUAUGUGCAUGCAGACGGGGACCUCAAAGCAGUGAAGAAGAACGACGAAGCUUGGGAGAACCGAGGUGAUUCCGCAUACGGGUAUGAUGAUACCUAUGAACGUCACUGGGACACCUGGGUGGGCCCCAAGAGGCCAUCGCUAUUCUCGGUCAAUCUGUCACCAGCAUCUGAUAAUAAGUGGAUCCUUGGUCAAGAGUUCACCAAUUUGCUCAACGGAACUGGCCACAACUGUCCUGUUGAACCUUUCGGCGGAACAGACGACUUCGAAGUGUCUGACACGCAUGUCAUCUAUACUGCGAAGGAUCCCGUGCUUCCCGCCGCAUGGCACACCAAGCAAAAUGUCUAUAUUGUUGAUAUCAUCGGUCAAGAGAAACCGAAAGAGUUGACUUCUGGGAAACAUGGUGCCACGCAUAGCCCCGUUCUCAAUGCGAAAGGCGACAAGGCUGCUUGGUUGCAGCUUGAUAAAGAUGGCGCCGAAGCGGAUAGGGCCAAGAUUGUCAUUUACGAUUUGGUGAAGGACAUUGAAUACACGUUGACUCAAUGUUGGGAUCGAUCGCCUGACGCACUUGCUUUCUCUACAGACGGAGAGGCCAUCUAUUUCACCGCCGGCGAUCUCGCGAGAAUUAAGGUGUUCGUUCUGCCACUGCCUGAGACCCCAUCUCACUCUACCCCUGAUCCAUCACUACCGCCUGAGUAUCUGAAUCCGGUAGCACUGACAUUUACCGGCGCGGCAAGUGGACUUCAAGUCAUUCCUAACGGACGUCUGAUCUUCACCCGCUCCUCGCUCACUUCGCCCAACGACGUGUAUGUAAUGCGCGGGUUAGACAACCUCAAUCUGCACGACAUGGCAUCGCGCUUGUCGGUCGAAGUCGAGGUAGAACAGAUCACCCAGUUCUCUACGGAUGCCCUCAAAUCCAAGAACUUGGACUCGGGCGAGGACUUCUGGUUUGAAGGCGCAGAGAGCAAGAAGGUGCAAGGCUGGCUCCUGAAACCGCCCGGAUUCAAGAAGGGUGACAGGAAAAAGUGGCCGGUCGUUGUGUUGAUCCAUGGCGGUCCUCAGGGUGCUUGGGAAGAUCAGUGGUCUACGAGAUGGAACCCGAAUGUCUUCGCACAGCAGGGCUACGUGACAAUCGCUAUGAACCCGACUGGUUCUACAACGUUCGGUCAAGAGUUUACGGAUGCCAUCUCGGAGGACUGGGGAGGAAAGCCGUUCGUCGAUAUGCAAAAAGGAUGGAAGUAUAUCCUCGACAACUACCCGGAGAUUGAUCCUGAACGAGCCGUCGCUGCCGGCGCGAGUUGGGGUGGAUAUGCUAUAAACUGGAUUCAAGGUCACCCGGAAUACGGAUUUGGAUUCAAGGCUUUGGUCUGUCAUGAUGGAGUGUUCUCUGCGACUUACAACGGAUAUUCUACUGACGAAUUGUUCUUCUUCAACAAUGAAUGGGGAGGACGUCCUUGGGAAGCGAAAGCGAAGGAGAUAUUGGCUAGAUACGAUCCGGUGAAUUUCGUUGACAAGUGGUCCACCCCGAUGCUUGUGAUCCACGGUAGUAAGGACUAUCGCCUGCCAGAGACCGACGGCAUUGGAGCAUUCCAUACGUUGCAAGAGCAAGGCAUUCCCAGCCGACUGCUGAUCUUCCCAGACGAGAAUCAUUGGGUGUUGAAGCAUCAGAAUAGCUUGAAGUGGCACUACGAGGUGUUCCGUUGGUUCGACAAGUACUUGAAGGAAGAUGAUUGAAGGAAGUGAAGCGUUGCUCAGCGUCCUUAAGACGCUUGUGUAUACUCAUGCCAAUGUAUAGCCG